UUCAGCACUUACAGUUGAUGAUAAUAUAUUUAACAAAGUUUCUAAUGAAUCUUUACAUUCAAAAAAUAAAAUAUCAACCCCUGACAACAAUUUAAUAUCAAUUUUAAACAAACAAAUCAAAGAUAAAAUUAAAUUUAUGAAAAAAAAUAAGGAAAUUAUUAAAAAGGAUAAUGAAUUUAUCAGUGCUAAGAUUAUCAAUAAUGAAAUACCAAUCCAAAAUAAUUCUAUGACAAUCAAUUCAAGUAUCCAGAGUAUAAAUAACAAAAUGGAAGAAGAUAAUAUAUCAUACACUUAUUUAGACACUUCAAAUAGGAUUUCUACAGCUAGAUCAAAAAAGACAAGAAUUGAUAAAAAGUGGAGAAAUAAGAAAAAGAGGGAUUGCAAUGCCAAUAUUGAAAAUAUACCAAAUAAUAAACAUAUAAUAUUCUCAGAUUCUGACAGUGAAACAAAUGAAUCCAAUCUAAUGCAAUCAAUGAAAAUCAAAAAUCAUGUAAUGAUUUCAAAACCUGAAUUUUUGAAAAUUGAUGGAAAUAAUGUUGAUACCAAAAAAAUUGAUUAUAAGGUAAUUAAAGAGCUGAAAAAUGAGACAUCAACAAAUUUACUACAAAAAAUUGCCAAUAAAGAAAUAUGUCAUCAUAGGGAUCAAGGUUUCAAUAAAUAUAGAAAGCAAUCUCAUAGGGAUAAUCCACUAAAAGCAUAUCAGAAAAAUGAAUCUUUUGUUUUUAAAAAUAUUGAUGUUGACAAACUUCCCGACAUUCCGAUAACUGAAUUAGAUUUUGAAUGCUAUGAAAUUAUAUUGAAAGACUCAGAAAUAGAUCCAAAAAAUAAUCAGGAUUUAACAUCAAAUAUUUUACAAACUACCAAGAAACCCAACAUUGUUUCAAAAUUACCCAUCAUAGUUGAUUUAGAUUCACCUAUAAUUGAUCCUAUAACUGAAGUGCCAAAUAUUCAGAAAACACCUAGAUUGUUUGAUAAUUCUUUUAAUAGUCAAAAAAAUAAAACAAUUUAUAAUAAAUUUGCUGCUUCUAAUUCACAUCACGGUAUUCAAGAUAUCCAAAAAAAGAUUACAAACAAAGUAACUCAAAAUGGUCAUCAAGAAAAUAAGCAACCUCCAAAAGCAGGCGAUAAGAUUAUGUACAAAAUUCUUGAACUAGAUGACCACUAUAAUCCCAUUGUUUCCGAUUUUAAGGAGGCAAUCAUUUUAGAGUAUGAUCCAAGUAACAAUUCUGUUGAUCUAAAGCACACCUCUCAUACUGACAGCAGAAGAAGAGGAAAAUUUGAAAUUGAAUCAGAUGAAGAAAUUUUUUCAAAUGAUAUGGAAAUAAUUAAAGUUGAAUGGGAACGAUUGAUUGAGCCACAAUUGGUUCAUUAAUGACUG